CAUCACUGAACACCAGCACGUAGUUGCAGCUCAAGUCAGUAGACUUCAAGAUUCAUAGUGAUUAGUCCAACUGCCCAUCGCAAUACUUACACAACCCCAAUCAUCUGAAUUCAUCCUCACACAACGCGCCCAGCACAUGCAUUACCAUGGCUUCCAAAGACGACAAGAAAGUCACCAAGACGCAAACUAACCGCCUACCUGCGCCUGCGCUUUUUGUCGGGCCGCCGUCACACAAUGCCUCCAACACAUCGCUGCACGAAGUCCGAACGCCUGCAAGGGCUCCGCUAGUCCGCCAGCGCUCACUCCUUUCUCCGGAUAACAAGCGACCUCUUCCACCCACGACCACCAACGAUGGCGACCACCUCAGCCUCACCUCCACGAACCCCUCGGCGCCAUUCCAACGGCGACAACGACAACAUAGCCAAGCCGCAGAUGCCGAAGCAUCGUCACGCGCCGAAGCGAUAUGGGCGGAGAUGCAGAACACGUUGGAGGAGGUGGAGCUGAGCGCCAUCAAGGGUCCAGGCAUGACAGUCUUCGGCUCUGAACACUCUCGAGCACUAGAUGAGCUGCGAAAAGCGCAGAUAGAACUUGCGAAAGCAUGGGCGCGCUCGGAAGAGGACGAACAGACACCCGAACAACAGAAGAAGUCGCAGGACAGCAAAGCGAACGAUUUGCAACCCCAGAGUCUUGCGAAUCACCCUCAUGACGGAGCAGGGUCAGGGAAAGGCGAGAAGUUGUUUGACAGGAUAAAGUUGGAGGAGGAAACAGAGAAGGACAUCGAGCUGAGUCGAAAGAGAAGAGAGGAGAACGACCGAUACUUUGAGAAGGUGAACAAGGGUGUGCAAGAAGUCGUUGUAAGAUUAGAAGAGGUUGCAAAGGCCAUGCGAGGGGUUGAGAGCGAGAGCAAAGAGAUCUGGGGACACGGGAGUGAAGAUAGUAUGGACACUGCGAGCGUCACUUGAGAUGACGCGCAGCCUGAACGGGAAUUAUCCAGAACACUAUGCUCAGAAACGGGCAGCGUGAAUCUAGGUUGGUUUUCGAAUCUGUGUCCUUCGACAAGAAAGAUGGAAUAUGCAUCCAGCACUCCCUCGUCAUAUCGAGAAGCCCCAACAACGAUGAAAAGUGCGACGUGGAAAUACAC